AUGAUUUAUUGCAGCGACCACAGUUUUAUGAUAUUGACAAGUGACGGCAUAUGGAACAUGAUGACUAGUGAACAAUCUGUUGAGUAUGUAAAGGAACGUUUAGUGGAAGAUUCAGGAGAUUUGUCACGCAUUUGUGAGCAGAUGAUAGAUCACUGUCUCGCUCCUGACAAAACCGGCGACGGCUCUGGCUGCGACAACAUGACUGUCGUCAUUGUCCAGUUUCUGCACGAAUCAACAGAAGAAAGCAAAUCAUCUUUUGUUAGUCCAACCAAAGGCAAGUCUCUCGGCAAGCGGCCAGCACCGAGCGGCUCCGAAAUAGACUCGAAUGAGCAAGUCAAACGAUCUCGUCUCGAAACGAAACCGUCUCAAUAGGCAAAUCAUGUGAUAUUCAAUAAAUGAGUUUUGCAACUAAAUUGUGUGUCAUUCAGAGCAAUGACACUGUAGCGUUAUUGUUGUAUAGUCUGAAGCAUUGUACGCAUGCGCAGUGUGUGUUUAGACUGCUAGGCGUGAGAAUGAGAAACCCAAUACACUAUGGUUGUACACAAAG